AUGAAACACGUAGGAGCCUUGAUCUGCCCUCGCAGGUCGCGUCGGUUCAGCUCCGGAGUUCCAGAGGCGACUCUGUCCGCAAAGAAGCGACCUCAGUUCCACGACUACUUUGUUACCCAUUUGCCUUCAUCUUCGCUUCACCCGGACUCUCAGGGCCUAGCCAAUCCGUUCCAUAAGCUUCCUCGCGCCGAAUCAGUUCCACACACGGGCGAAACGCCCCAUCCUCCCACCUCGUAUGGCGCAUUGGUUGACAGGGAGACUACGGUGGUCCGAAUCCCGCUACGUAGCGCUAAGCAUCACUUCGGGGCGGCCACAGCCCGCGGUACGCGGCCGUCAAAUGAAGACACCUUUCAAGCCGGCGUAAUCGAUAUUCCCGCCUUUGCAAAGCGACCACCUGCAUCGUUGAAAAUCAACCGGAAUCUUCCAGCUCACGAAUCACGGGCCGCAAACACUGCGAGUGGAGAUCCUCAGACAUUCUAUUUCGGCAUUUUCGAUGGCCACGGGGGUGAUGAAUGUAGCACCUACUUGAAAGACAACCUGCAUGAGUAUAUUCAACAUACGGCCGCCGAUUUCGAGCUCCAAUCAAGCAUCCAGCCGGGUCCCGUACGUGGGAAAGCGGGCGAUGGCGUGGGGCCGUUGCCGGUGCUGCAGCAGGCCAAUCGGCGUAAGAUUGGCGAUCUUGAAAAGAGCCUUGUGCAGAGCUGGAGACGUAUGGUCGGAGGAUAUUUCAGGCGCUUUGAGCCCAGGCACUUCGCAUACUAUGGAAACAAUGGUGAGGAUUCAGCGUCUCCCGAUCAAGUAUCCAUUGAGGAAGUGAUGGAAUACGCUUUCCUCCGUGCAGACCUGGAGUUUGUCAAGGCCCAGGCGUCCAAGCGCGACGAUGACCUGACGCAAGCUGAGAAGCCCUUGAACGAAGAUGAAAUCCUCCACAGCCCUAGCUUCACCCGAACACCGAAGAUUGGUGGUCACUCGCGAUUCAAGGGUGGGAGUACGGGCAGCGUCGCCUUGAUAUCCACGCCCACGCCUACUCCCUUCUGGCAUCCAGCUGGUCCGUCGAGUCUCCUUGUAUCUCAUGUUGGAGACACCCGAAUAUUGCUCUGUUCUACUGCAACUGGUGAAGCCAUUCCUGUUACGUCAAACCAUCACCCCUCGUCGCCCAUCGAGGCAGGGCGACUACGCCGCUAUGCGGCCACUUUUGUGACUGAUUCUUUCGGCGAGGAGCGCAUGAGUGGACUAGCGAACACUCGUGCCUUCGGGGAUGUCCAGUCCAAGCGAAUGGGUGUCUCCGCAGAACCAGAACUCCGCCGGGUCGAGAUGGGUCCGGCCGAGUUCUCUUUCCUAGUCCUAUUGUCAGAUGGUAUCAGCGGUACGCUUUUAGACCAAGAGGUUGUCGACAUUGUUAAAGAAGCCCGUACACCUGAGCAGGGUGCCCGCGACGUCGUUGGCUUUGCUACCGAGGUUUCCAAGGAGGGAGACAACGCUACUUGUCUUGUCGUCCGACUUGGUGGGUGGGAACGCCGACAAGAAGGUGGCGUGGGAAGCCUGGGAACGAAAGAGUCUCGCGAGUGGCGACGACAAGAUGCCACUGAUCCGCGCCGGUCACGGAGGUGA